AUGAAGAUUGAUGAAGCGAGUGUUCAUCGAAAGUUAGAGAUCCAAGAGUUGGAGGAGAUAAGAAAUGAAGCAUUCGGGAGUUCACGCAUCUACAAAGACAAGACCAAAGCAUUCCAUGAUAAGUACCUCUCCCGUAAGACCUUUGAGAUUAUUCAAAAGGUAUUACUCUAUGACUCUCGACUUAAAUGGUUUUCCGUUGAGAUUAAGAGUAAAAAAACUGGAAAAGUAUUCAAAGUUAAUAGUCAAAAGUUAAAGGUCUUCUAUGAAGGAUUCCAAGAGAAAGACAUGGAGGUUGAUAACUUGGAACGCCCGGACUACAUUGAGUGA